AUGCCACCAAAUGAGGGGGAUACUCGUCCAACUUUGCUGGACCUGGAAACUUUGGAAGCAGACCCUGCACCAACUUUUGUCAUCAAGUCUGGAUCUAGUGGAGUUGGAGUACUGGAGUUUGACUUUCUGUUUUGCAACGAGGCGUUCCGGAAAAGUGGUCUUCGAGAUGUGGUGUUGGCGCAGGAUGAUCCAACACUCCUUUUCCGAUCCUGGACAUACGCGUUGGGCAACUACAAACAAGAAUUUGAGUUUGCAGAAAGGAUCUGGUCUGCAAAAACAACUGGACACAGUGGCACUUGGAAAAUCAUAAAAGUGGUCAAGGAUGUAUCGAAAGAGCAGCACCAAGGCAACGGAAACCGUCCCGAAACAUCAGCAAGCAUAGACGCAGGAUUAAGAGCGGGAGAGCAGAGUUCUGUCUACCGGCGCUCGAAAGAUGACGUGAUGAAAAAGAUCCAGCAUAGCAGAACCAACGAGCUUGGAAAUAUGUUUAUACCACCCGAGAACUUUACAGCGCGGUGGGAGAGCAUACAGACUAUGAUGGAGAUGAGCGAUGUGGGAGUGUUCGAGUACAGUCCUGAAGGAAAGUUAAUUCACGCCAAUGAAGCGUGGUAUCGGCUCUCAUCCCAUCCCCGGGAUCUUCCUGCGCACGUUGAAUUCUCUUUCAUGCAACUCGUAUACCCGGAGGAUCAAACUCUCGUCUUAACUAUGUGGAAUGAAUUAGUGUCAGGCAAUCCUGUGACCUUUGAAAUGAGAUGGAGCUCCUCGGCUGAUACAGUCACAUCCGCACAAUGGGUUCUUUCCUCUUGUGUGCCCGUCCUCGACGACCAGGGUAAUGUGGUUAGUAUUGCUGGUAAUACCAUCGAUAUCAACGCGCAGAAGAAGUCGCAAGAAGUAAUCCAGGCGCGCGUUGAGGCCCUCGAACAAGUCAGGUUGUCAGAACUCAAGUUCGAGAGAUUCGCUCAGCUUUCACCCACGGCAAUUUACAUAUUUGUCCCGAAGACUGGCAUGACGUUCUGCAACGAUCAAUUUCUCGAGCUCACAGGCUUAUCGCGAGGGGAACCUGGACAGGCCGACUGGCUUAAAGUUAUCGCUGAAGAGGACGUACAAGCCGUGAACGCGUACUGGGCCGCUAUCGUUGAGGGCAAGAAGUCUGAUUCAAUGCAAUUCCGGCUCAGGACGACAUGGAUAAACCAAGACGGUGCACGCUCCAAUAUCUGGGUGGAGAGUUCGAGUCACCAAGAGCUGGACGAAAGUGGGAAUGUCAUAAGCAUCAUGGGUACACUGUUUGACAUCUCACAAUUCAAAUGGGCGGAAAGCUUCCAGCAGCAGAGAAUUCAGGAAGCUCUAGAAGCCAAGCGACAACAAGAAAACUUCAUUGACAUGACAUCCCAUGAGCUUCGUAAUCCGUUAUCAGCUGUUGUGCAAUGCGCAGAUUCAGUAAUCAAUACUCUCAAAUCAACAACACUUUUCGACAACGACACAUCUGGGAUACGAGAAGAUCUUACGGAAUCUUUGCAGACCAUUGUUCAAUGCUCAAUUCACCAAAAGCGCGUCAUCGACGACGUACUCACUUUGUCGAAGCUCGACUCUGAGUUAACAGUAAUCUCACCUACGCGCGUACAUCCCGUGGCUGUGGUCUCAGAUGCGAUGAAAUUAUUUGAUGCUGAGUGCGGCCAUGCGAAGAUUAAGCUCGAAUUCAAGGAAGACGAAACUCUACGAGAGUUUAGGACGGCGAUGCUGGAUCCUUCGCGUCUGCUACAAAUAUUUUUCAAUCUUCUCACAAACGCUAUCAAAUUCACUAAAGACCGACCGACACGCAAAAUCACAGUGACCAUCGGCGGCUCCUGGACCCGUCCGCCCAAGUGUUGGCAAAAUAUCAGCUUCACUAACCACGACACGCCUGAAACUGACAUCCUCGACGGGCCAGAGUGGGGAACAGGAAGGAAAGCAUACCUUUGGAUUCAAGUCACUGACACUGGCUGUGGCAUGACACUUGACGAACAAACGAAGCUCUUCUCCAGGUUUUCUCAGGCCACGCCUCGCACACAUGUCAAGUACGGCGGUUCAGGCCUCGGUCUCUUCAUUUCCAAAUCUCUUGCGGCGCUGCAAGGCGGCGCGAUCGGUGUUCAUUCCGAAAGCAACGUCGGCUCGAAUUUCGCCUUCUUCAUCGGCACGCGCAUUGUAGACCCACCAGCCGGUCUGGAAACGCGAGCUCGCCCAGAACUUUCACGUAUAGUUUCUACCGACGACGCGAUGCGGGCCGUCAAGCUCAAUGUCCUCAUCGUGGAAGACAAUCUCGUCAAUCAGAAGGUUCUUCGCAAGCAGUUGCUAAGAUUUGGCUGGGACGUCAGUGUCGCCGGCAAUGGUCAGGAGGCAGUGGACUGGUUAAAAGAGAGCGUCUACUGGCAAGAGAACAAUUCGCAACAAGAAGACGCAGACACUAUCUCAACUGAAGCACAGGAAGAUCCGUCUCCCUACAGUGCGACAAAACACCCUCUGGACAUCAUACUCAUGGAUAUCGAAAUGCCUAUCAUGGACGGCUUGACCUGCACUCGCCUAAUCCGCGAGUACGAGCAGCUCGGCCUCCUGGCUCCUCCGCGUCCGAUGCACAGUUCGACCACGGACGGUACGCGAAAAGUUCCCAGACUCCCCAUCUUAGCUGUCAGUGCGAAUGCGCGGCCUGAGCAGGUGGAACAGGCUAUUGCGGGAGGGAUGGAUGAUGCGAUUUCGAAGCCAUUCAGGAUUCCGGAGCUGUGGCCCAAGAUUAGGGGCCUUGUGGAGAGACUGGCGGAGCAGCAGUGA